UUACUGCACAUAACAGAUACCCAGAAAUGUGGGCGCAGAUAAACAGAGAAUUCGCAGAUGAAUGGAAAAGUAAACUUGUUGGUAAGGAGAAAGAAGACCCACAAGAGGCCUUAGUUUUCUUCAUGAGAGCUGGUUUCAGAAACAGUCCCAAAUGGGGUAUGCUAUUUUGGGAAGGAGACCAAAUGGUAAGCUGGCAAGCCAAUGAUGGGAUAAAGAGUGCUGUCACUGGCCUUUUAAGCAGUGGACUUUCAGGGUAUGCUUUUAAUCACAGUGAUAUAGGAGGGUACUGUGCAGUAAAUUUACCGUUCAUCAAGUACCGAAGAAGUGAGGAACUGCUUCUACGAUGGAUGGAGUUAAAUGCUUUUACCACUGUUUUCAGAACCCAUGAAGGAAACAAACCUACCUACAACAGCCAAUUCUACUCGAACGACCGAACAUUGUCUCAGUUUGCUCGCUUUGCCAAGGUCUAUUGUGCUUGGAAGUUCUACAGAAUCCAACUUGUGAAGGAAGCCGCUCAAAGGGGCCUGCCCGUAUGCCGCCACCUAUUUGUUCACUACCCAGAAGAUGAGUAUGUGCUCACAUUGGGUCACCAGCAGUUUUUGGUUGGUUCUGAGAUCCUAGUUGUGCCUGUCCUUGACAAAGGCAAGAACAAUGUCAAAGCCUACUUUCCUUUGGGAGAAAGUUCUUCAUGGCAACAUAUAUGGACAGGGGAGAUAUAUGCUAAACCCGGCUGCGAAAUUAAAGUAGACGCUCCAGUUGCCUAUCCUGCUGUCUUUAUCAAGGUUGGCUCCGUUGUUGGGGAAACCUUCAUUAGAAACCUGAAAUCUUUUAACAUUCUUUAAGAAAGCGACCCUUAAAACUGUGGGUUGCUUACUCCUUCAUUGAAUUUUAAUCUAGAUUACAUUUCUUCCACC